AGGCAGCGCAGGGACUGUGGAGAUCCUGCAGCCGCUCCGUGGCACUCUGCGCGCGGAUGAAAAGCGAGGUGGCUGGGGUGACCGGACAAGAGACUCUCUGGGGACUCUCUGCUCGUCAAUUAAAGCCACAGCGGUGCAGAAUGGAUAGAUUUUACGACCAGCAAGUGCCUUACUGUAACUCUAAAAAGCCCCAAGAAAAGACAACGAGCUGCGAAAGGCCAGCAAAUGACAGAAAGAGAAAAUUCAUUAAGUCCGACCUGGCUCUGGACACUGAAGAGCUCUUCCAGGACCUCAGUCAGCUGCAGGAGACUUGGCUGGCGGAAGCUCAAGUUCCCGACAAUGACGAGCAGUUCGUUCCAGACUUCCAGACUGAAAACUUGGCUUUCCACGGACUGCAGCUGAAGAUCAAGAGGGAGCUGCACAGCCCGUGUUCAGAGCUGAGCUCCAACUGUAGUCAGGAACGGCCCUUCAAACUCCAGUAUGGAGAGAAGUGCCCGUACAACGUCAGUGCCUAUGAGCAGAAGCAGCCUGCAGGAAUGAAGCCCUCCAGCCCAGUGACGCCCCCCUGUAGCACCCCUGUUUCCCCCCUCCAUCAUGCCUCACCCACGGCAGCCCCAACGCCCAAACCAGACAGGACCUACGCCCACAUACCGGCCUCGCAGCCGCUCCCUGACAGCGCCUACACUAUGGACCACAGAUUUCGACGUCAGCUCUCAGAGCCGUGCCACUCGUUCCCCUCCCCGCCGACGAUGGCUCGGGACGGCCGGCCCAUCUACCACAGGCAGAUGUCGGAGCCCAACAUCCCCUUUCCUCCUCAAGGCUUCAAGCAGGAGUAUGCCGACCCCCUGUUCGAGCACCCGGCCAUGAUGGGGGCGCCACUACCGCACGCGUACCCCACCACCAUGAUGAUCAAACAGGAGCCUCGGGACUUCACCUACGACUCAGCAGAAGUGCCUAGCUGCCAUUCUGUCUACUUACGGCAAGACGGCUACCUGGCUCACACUAACAGGACUGAAGGUUGUAUGUUUGACAAAGUGGGGAGGCAUUUCUACGAUGAUACCUGCGUGGUGCCUGAAAAGGUUGAAGGUGACAUCAAGCAGGAGUCCGGCAUGUACCGCGAGGGCCCGUCGUACCAGCGCAGAGGCUCGCUGCAGCUCUGGCAGUUCCUGGUGGCUCUGCUGGACGACCCGUCUAACUCCCACUUCAUCGCCUGGACCGGCCGCGGCAUGGAGUUCAAACUCAUCGAGCCAGAGGAGGUGGCACGUCGGUGGGGGAUACAGAAGAAUCGACCGGCGAUGAAUUACGACAAGCUCAGCCGAUCGUUGCGCUACUACUACGAGAAGGGAAUCAUGCAAAAGGUGGCUGGCGAGAGAUACGUCUACAAGUUCGUGUGCGACCCCGAGGCCUUGUUCUCCAUGGCGUUUCCCGACAAUCAGCGGCCGGUGCUGAAGACAGACAUGGAGCGGCAGAUCAACGAAGAGGACACGGUGCCACUGUCGCACUUUGACGAAAACAUGGCCUACGUACAGGAGGGGCCCUACUGCCCGCCGCACCCCUACAGCGAGGGCUACGUUUAUUAACGUCAGCCACACACACACACACACACACACACACGCCUCCACUCUCCCCUCCCCCGCCUCCUCCGUCCAUACACCUGAGACUGUCAUGUCCUCUAAUUCACAGUCGCUCCGGGAAUAAGACUGAGCACACACAUGCAGCGGAGCUUCCCUUCUCUCUCUCUCACGUAAAAACACACACACACACACACACACACACACACACACACAUCCUCUUUUUCUGUUUUUUUCUAAAGCCGCACAGCAGGAUGGAGAGUGCACUUUAUGGACAGGAAGCGCGGCGUUAACCUGCCAGGGGCCGGCUAUGUGGUUGUUUAUGUUUGUACAUUAAUGUUGGAAUCAUUCUGAUUUUAUUCUUAUGAUUUUGAGCGUGUGGCGCCCUGCUGAGACAGGACUCAACGGCCACCUCGUGGUCGCACAGCGACCGAAUCUUCUGGCGAGAGAAA